CCAAAAACCAAAAACUCACCUCGCCUAUCUUAUCGGAGCUUCACCUUGAGCACUAUACUAUCUACCCUAAGCUCAAUUGAAGAUCAUAGAAACUUGGCAUUUAUAUGCGCCUCAAUCCUGCAACACCUCAAGACAGGUUUUCAUCGGAUACUCCGUGCCGAUCAUGCAUUGGCAUUUGCACAUGAGCCUCGGCAACGGUUAGACCCCUCUUUGGAGAUGGCAAUGCCAAGUUUACCAUGAAGAGACACGUCAAGAUAAAAGAUCGUUACUGUCAAACACUUUUGUUCUUUAUACUAGCAAAUAUCCUGUAUAAACAAUAUUUUGCUAUAAUGACUGUCGAUAAUACUCAACCAGAGGGUGAGAACCCGAUCGGCGACAUUCAGGUUGAGUUUCUUGGCACCCAAAAGUCUAGCAACACCGCCAGCCGUCGCGAUUUAGGGUUCACAGGUCAACUUGGAGGAAAAUGGUACGCUGUCUAUGGCGAUGUACUAUGGUGUGAUUCAGGUAUCACUGAUCCUGAAGACGAUAAUGAGGGAUUUCAUGGUAUGGUCAGAAAUGCUGUUUCUGCUCUGACGGAUGAUCCUCUUGUUGUGGAAGACCUACAUCUCAAUGAUGAUGAGCCGGUUCCUCACCAGAAGCAAUUUAUGCCAUUCAACGAGGAGUGGGGUGAGACCAAUACCUUUGGCUUUGGAGGGACGGGCAUCGUGGAGGUUGACCCUGAUACUGCGACUGGUGCUCUUUAUUAUCUCGUUAAUGACGAUGAGCAUUAUAAGGGCGCUGGUGUUGCUAAAGUUGAGCUCAUCGAUGACGUCCCCCAUAUUACCGAUCGCUACGGCGAGAAUGGCAUCUGGUGGAAUGGUGAUGAGGUACCCAAGUACGGCGACGUCGCAACGUAUCGGGACGUCAACAGCGAAUACAUCUACAUCCUCGGAAAUCCGCCAAACCCAAUCACCGACUUUCCUGAUAAGCUGUACAUCUACAUGGCUCGCGUACCCGCAAAAGAUGCCUUCGACCUUGAUAAGUAUGAGUACUGGUGGGGUAGACAAGAAGGAUGGAAGAGCGAAGUUCUCACUACGUUCAAUUGUGAGACAGCUGUUAUGUGGGGUGUUGGACAAGGUCAGAUUGUGUAUAAUAAUCACUUCCAGACGUAUUUCUACGUUCACCUUGAUCUUUCUGGUGCUGUCUUUUUGAAGACUGCUCCGAGCCCUGAAGGUCCCUGGACGGAAGGCAAAGAGAUUUACAAGGACGAGCCCAUCGAUGGAGGUCUGGUGUAUGCUGGAAUAGCGUACCCGCAUCUGGAUGAGUCAGGCGAGACGUUGACGAUCGGUUUCACCAACAACAACUGGAUACGGGUUAUCAAGGUUACUUUCACAUAAGAUGAUAAGAGACAACGAACCAACGGAAAUUAUUAGUAUUGUACAAUCUGUUCUGUUUUGCCGCAGUGCUGUCGCAUUACAACUCAUCAUCCUUCUCUUGCUUAUUCUCACAAAUACCAUCAAAAUCCCCAUAUUUCUCCAUACCCGCGCUAACAAUCUUUUUAAACUCCUCAAAUGGACAACUGGCCCCGGGUCCGUUCUGACACAAAGGCAAGGGUCGAGGCGCAGUGUUGGCAAUAAAUCUGAUAAACUCC